GGGAGGGAGGCUGGGCCGGCGGGAGAGGGAGGCGAGCCGACCACUGGGCUGCUGGGCUCCCGCGCCCUCACGCUCCCCGCCGCCAGCCCAGGCGCAGGCAGGGCGCGGGCGGCGGCGGGCGGCAUGGAGAGCCUGCUGGAGAAUCCGGUGCGCGCCGUGCUCUACCUCAAGGAGCUCACGGCCAUCGUGCAGAACCAGCAGAGCCUCAUCCACACCCAGCGAGAGCGUAUCGACGAGCUGGAGCGGCGGCUGGACGAGCUGAGCGCUGAGAACCGCAGCCUGUGGGAGCACCAGCAGCUGCUACAAGCCCAGCCUCCGCCCGGGCUCGUCCCCCCGUCAUCGGCCCCGCUGCCGGCCGCUCCGGCCACCGCUCCUGCCGCCGCCGCCAGGGCCCAGGAACCUCUCCAGGACCAGGGACAGCGCUCAGCAGCCGCGCCACAUCCCGCGCCCGAUCAGCCGCCGCUUCAGCACCACGGACAGCUCCUGGAGCAGCCCCAGCGGGGCCCUGGCAGCAGGGCUCACACACCCCAGUCGCCCCACAAGCAUCUGGGGACACAAGGGGCCGUGACUGACAAGGAGAAGGAGCGUCCCCCGAGUUGCUGCGCUGCUGCCGGAGCCCUCCUUCAGCACAAAUCCCCCUCCGCCCUCCGCAAGGGCGUCCUGAGCAGGAGACCUGAGAAUGAGACCGUGCUGCACCAGUUCUGCUGCCCAGCCGCCGACGCCGAGCAGAAGCCCGCCUGCUCCGACCUGGCCUCCCAAAGUGAUGGCUCCUGCACCCAGGCCGGUGGGGGCAUGGAGGACUCCGUGGUGGCAGCGGCGGCGGUGGCAGCCGGCAGACCCAGUGCCCAUGCCCCGAAGGCUCAACCCCAGGAGCUGCAGGAGGAGGAGGAGCGGCCGGGGGCAGGGGCUGCCUCCCCAAGGGCUGGCCCCCAGCACAAGGCCUCCCCCGGCCGGCAGCAGCCUGCCCUGGCGACGGCGCUGUGCUCCCACGCCCCUGCCGCCUCCGAUUACGAACUCUCCCUUGACCUAAAGAAUAAACAGAUUGAAAUGCUAGAACAUAAGUACGGGGGUCACCUGGUGUCCCGGCGCGCCGCUUGCACCAUCCAAACCGCCUUCCGCCAAUACCAGCUCAGCAAGAACUUCGAGAAAAUCCGCAACUCGCUUCUGGAGAGCCGCCUGCCACGGCGGAUCUCCCUGCGCAAGGUGCGGUCACCCACGGCCGAGAGCCUGGCGGCCGAGAAAGCGCUCAUGGAGGGCUACGGCCUCCUGGGGCUGCCGCUGGUGCGCUCGCCCUCCCUGCCGCCCACCUUCGCAGGCACCCUCACCGAGCUGGAGGACUCCUUCACCGAGCAGGUGCAAUCCCUGGCCAAGUCCAUCGACGACGCGCUUAGCACGUGGAGCCUCAAGACCAUGUGCUCCCUGCAGGAGAGUGGCGCUUACCAGCUCCACCAGGCCCUGCAGGCGGCCGCGGGGCCCCCAGGCCGGGAGGCCGAGGGGCGGGAGCCGGAGAGCGCAGGCCCCGGGCCCGGGGAUGACGCCGCGGAGACCCCCGGCCUGCCCCCGGCCCACAGCGGGACCCUCAUGAUGGCUUUCCGGGACGUCACGGUGCAGAUCGCCAACCAGAACAUAUCCGUCUCCUCCUCCACGGCUCUGUCGGUGGCCAACUGCCUGGGCGCUCAGAAGGUCCAGGCCCCGGCAGAGCCCGCGGCGGGCAAGGCCGAGCAGGGCGAGACCUCUGGGCGGGAGGCCCCGGAAGCCCCCGCUGUGGGCCGGGAGGACGCGUCAGCCGGGGACUCAUGCGCAGAGGCUGGGGCUAGCGGGGCGGUGGAUGAGGCCACGGCCCCCAAAACAGAGGAGGAAGAGGAGGAGGAGGAGACGGCGGAGGUGGGGAGAGGGGCCGAGGCCGAGGCAGGCGACGUGGAGCAGCUGAGCAGCAGCAGCACGUCCACCAAGUCCGCCAAGUCAGGCUCGGAGGCGUCGGCCUCCGCCUCCAAGGACGCCCUGCAGGCCAUGAUCCUGAGCCUGCCGCGCUACCACUGCGAGAACCCAGCCAGCUGCAAGUCGCCCACGCUCUCCACCGACACCCUGCGCAAGCGGCUCUACCGCAUCGGCCUCAACCUCUUCAACAUAAACCCGGACAAGGGCAUCCAGUUCCUGAUCUCACGCGGCUUCAUCCCUGACACCCCCAUCGGUGUGGCCCAUUUCCUCCUCCAGCGAAAGGGCCUCAGCCGCCAGAUGAUUGGAGAGUUCCUGGGCAACAGCAAGAAGCAGUUCAACCGCGACGUGCUGGACUGCGUGGUGGACGAGAUGGACUUCUCCAGCAUGGAGCUGGACGAGGCCCUGCGCAAGUUCCAGGCGCACAUCCGUGUGCAGGGGGAGGCUCAGAAGGUGGAGCGGCUCAUCGAGGCCUUCAGCCAGCGCUACUGCAUGUGCAACCCCGAAGUGGUGCAGCAGUUCCACAACCCCGACACCAUCUUCAUCCUCGCCUUCGCCAUCAUCCUCCUCAACACCGACAUGUACAGCCCCAACAUCAAGCCUGACCGGAAGAUGAUGCUGGAGGACUUCAUCCGAAACCUUCGAGGUGUGGACGAUGGCGCUGACAUCCCCAGGGAGCUGGUGGUAGGCAUCUAUGAGAGGAUACAGCAGAAGGAGCUCAAGUCCAAUGAGGACCACGUCACGUACGUCACCAAGGUGGAGAAGUCCAUUGUGGGCAUGAAGACAGUGCUGUCCGUGCCCCACCGCCGCCUGGUGUGCUGCAGCCGGCUCUUUGAGGUGACGGAUGUGAACAAGCUGCAGAAGCAGGCAGCGCAUCAGAGGGAGGUGUUCCUCUUCAAUGACCUGCUGGUGAUUCUCAAACUUUGCCCUAAGAAGAAGAGCUCCUCCACGUACACCUUCUGCAAGUCAGUUGGCCUGCUGGGCAUGCAGUUCCAGCUCUUUGAGAACGAGUAUUACUCUCAUGGCAUCACACUGGUGACCCCGCUCUCGGGCUCCGAGAAGAAGCAGGUGCUGCAUUUCUGUGCCCUGGGCUCGGACGAGAUGCAGAAGUUCGUGGAGGACCUGAAGGAGUCCAUUGCUGAGGUGGCGGAGCUGGAGCAGAUCCGAAUAGAGUGGGAGCUGGAGAAGCAGCAGGGAACAAAGACACUCUCCUUCAAGCCCAGCGGAGCCCAGGGGGACCCACAGUCAAAGCAAGGAUCGCCGACAGCCAAAAGGGAAGCCGCGCUCAGGGAGAGGCCGGCGGAGAGCACGGUGGAGGUGUCAAUUCACAACAGGCUUCAAACGUCCCAGCACAACUCCGGGCUGGGGGCCGAGAGGGGAGUGCCGGUGCCGCCGCCAGACCUGCAGCCUAGCCCCCCGAGACAGCAGACCCCACCACUGCCGCCGCCGCCGCCACCCACGCCCCCGGGCACCCUGGUGCAGUGCCAGCAAAUUGUCAAGGUCAUUGUCCUGGACAAGCCCUGCCUGGCCCGCAUGGAGCCCCUGCUGAGCCAGGCUCUCUCCUGCUACACCUCGUCGUCCCCUGACUCCUGCGGCUCCACACCCCUGGGCGGCCCCGGCUCUCCGGUCAAGGCCACCCACCAGCCUCCGCUGCCCCCGCCCCCACCCCCCUACAACCACCCUCACCAGUUCUGUCCCCCAGGCUCCCUGCUGCACGGGCGCCGCUACUCCAGUGGCUCAAGGAGCCUGGUGUAGAGACUGCCCCACCACCCUGCUGUCCCGGGAGGGCUGGCCACUGGGGGGCCUGGGCUGCCCCUCCACUGCUCCCCAUACCCUGGCACGAUGCGUUCCUGGUCACUGAUCACCAUCAUUUUGGGAAGAGAAUCCCAAUCCCUGGCACCUGGGUUUGCCUCAUCCAACCAUCCUUCCCUGUCUCAGCUGCACCCCCUCUGCAGAUCUGAAGACACACCUCACUCUCCCGGGGCCCUACACAGCCAGACCCGGCGAGGCCUCCUCUUCCCCUGGCCACCACUUUCCCCCAUUGGACCAUGGACUGAAGAAAACAAGCUGAGGGUCAAACGAGCUUGCAGGCUUUGAGUCUGUUAGUGCCCGGGGCCUCGGGCCAUGGGCAGCAGCAUGAGCUAACGAGCGUGCAGGCUUUGAGUCUGUUAGUGCCCGGGGCCUCGGGCCUUGGGCAGCAGCAUGAGCUAACGAGCGUGCAGGCUUUGAGUCUGUUAGUGCCCGGGGCCUCGGGCCAUGGGCAGCAGCAUGAGCUAACGAGCGUGCAGGCUUUGAGUCUAUUAGUGCCCGGGGCCUCGGGCCUUGGGCAGCAGCAUGAGGCUGGGCCGGCCGGCAGUGGAGCACUAGACAGAGUGGCUGGCUCGCAGCCCAGAACUAGUGCCUCUGUGGCUGCGCUGAGGGGAGGAGGGUUGGUCCCACCCCUGGAGGGACAGGUGGGAGGAGUGAGGAGGGGGCUUUUUCUGCCACCCCCGCCCCCAAGCCUGAAACUCUCAGGAGGCUACUCCUUGGUCCCCAGGGACAUUGGCUGUCCUGACCAUGUCCUUCCCCCUCCUCCCAGGGCCUCUGCUUCCUCAGGAGCUGCCCAGACUCCAGAAAAGCCUGGAAAAAGGGAGGCGGGAAAGGGAGCACUUUCGGCUUUCUAUAGGUCAGUCCAGCAGGGCCACGGGAUUGCGAGGUCAUGUAUCUGCAAAACGCACCUUUUUAAAGAGUGUCUUAGUUCCCCAGCCCCAGCUAAUACCCGGCCAAUGCCGUGUACGCACAGGCAUGUGCACGCAAACACGCAUGAGAACCAGGCCAUUCCUUCCGCUGUGGAAGCAGAACUGGAGACGGGGCAGGAAUGUGCCCAGCAGAGUUGGGGCUCGGCCCGAGGCAGGGCUCCCUCCUGCGUGAAUCUGUGGCCUCCAGGAGGGACUUGGGUGCAGAUGUAAGCAAGAAAAACCGGGGCUCCAGAGGCAUGUGCAUUUCCCCUGCGCCCCUCAGCCUUUAAAUAUUCCCUCCUCCUAGAAGGUUCUAGACCCCCCCCCCCUUCCAGCAGGGGUGCCCGAGUCCCUGGACCCUCAAAAUUGCAAAGGAGACCCAAGCGGGGCUCGCUGACCUCCCAGGGCCCAGCAAGAUGGGAUAGCCAGCCUUAGGUGGCCCCACGAGCCCAAGCCUGGGGAAGGGCCCCUCCCCAGCCAGACGAGAGGCAGCCACCCCAGAGACCACAGGA